AUUGUUAAACUUCAAUUUCAUAUUUUAUGCAAAUUGCAAUAAAGUUGAUCAUAUUCGUAUAGAAUGAAAUUACGAUGCGAUUUGUUAAAAGAUAAAGACAAUAAUCCUACAAGAACUGAUUUAUUCAUGUAUAAUAUAACUAACUUGAAAUUGAUUCAUAAAAAAAAUUAUAAUGUCAAAUCAUAUUCAAUAUUUUUGGUUUGAUUAGGUGAAACCACUUUGGACCCUUUUGUAUGAGGUGUGUAUGUUAGUUUGCAGUGAAACAUUAACAUCUAUUCAUCCAGACAGUCCUGAUAUAGUUGCUGCAGUAACUGAUGCAAUAAAAUUAUAUGGUUACCAGAAGCAGGACAUUGGUAACCUGACACUUGAUACAAACACUGGCAGCCGAGAUCUUCUUCUUGCAUUCAGUUGGCUCCUUGCCAAAGAAUGUUUGACAGAGAGGGUUGUUCUUGAUGCUCUUCGAACUCUUCCUGUUGAUACUCAUUUUUUAUACCGGUCAACCAGCACAAAUGAACAUACAAGAGACAAAUAUAUUAAUUUAUCAGGUAUGGCAUUGAGCGACAGAUUUCGACAAGUAGUUUGGCUUUUUGGAAAGUGCAAGAUGAGUUUAAAGAGUCUCAUUCUUUCUACACAAGAAUGUACAGCAUCAAUUCAUGAGAUUAAUUCAUAUACCAAUGGUGUUACAUUGUCUUCCUUCACUGAACACCUCUCACUUCUGGAAACAUUUGUUUUACGAUACCCACAACAUCUGACCAAGGUGCAGAUUAUUUUAGAAAACACAAAUUCCAAGCUGGAUUCAUACUUGAAAUGGAAGGAAAAUGAAGCUAUCUUCUGGAACUGGAUGGAGAGUGUGUUGGAUUACAAAUUACAAGAUUGUGUGCCUCCAGAAGUACCGAAGUUAUACAGCCCUGCAGCACUGAAUACUCCAACAAUGCAUUUGCCUAUUAGAGUAUUACAUUUGCAUAAAUUAAACUCACAGUUACAGACUUUAAUAGAACAGUGGAGUGUGUGUGCUAUUGAUGUAGACAACAAAAUAAAAACUAUGAUUUGUAAAGAAAAGCAAGCUACCAACCCUUCAAAGGUAACAAACAUAAUACAGAAGGAUAUAUACUUAGAAAUAUAUGGUUACCAAUCAAGAAGUGUUCUUCCCAGCAAUGCAUGCUGUCAGAGAUUCAUACACAUACAAAAAACAAAAAAGAAGAAAGCGGAAUUUAAUGCACCACUAAAAAGGACUACUGCGAGGAGAACGUAUACAACUGUAGAGGAGACAGUAGACAUAAAUGACGAACUAUGCAGACUAGAACUAAAAGUAAACGAAAGGAGGGAAACAUUACAACAGCUAAGAAACGACCAUCAGCAUCAAUUAGAAAGUAUGUUUCAUGGGGUCAAAUGUAUAUGUAUUCCUCCACUAGCUAAAAAAUAGUAUACAAUAAUGACUACUGUACUUAUGAGCACAAUGGGAAGAAUAUUUUCAUGAGUUAAAACAUUGACUGUUGUACCAUUCAGUGGGCAGGAGCCGAGAUGAAUGCAACAUUGAAUUUUUCAACUCAUGAAAAUAUUCUUUCUGUUGCACAAAUAAAAAAAA